AUCUCUUCCUCACAUUUCAACUGCUAAUAAAACAAUCAUCUUCCUAAACCCUUAAUUCUAGCCCCUUCCCUAAACAAUGGCUCUGUUAACUAUUCAUCUCUUUAAUUUGUAAUUAAACCCUUUUCUUUAAACAAAAAAUAAUAAAAUAAUUAAAGAGUUUACCUGAGAAUUAGGUUCAGGAUGGCCUCAAGGAGCCUCUCAUACACACAACUCCUAGGCCUCCUGUCCUUUAUCCUCCUAACCUCCACAAUGGCGGUUCGUGUUGGAGUCAUUCUUCAUAAGCCUUCUGCUCCAACCCUUCCUGUAUUCAGAGAAGCCCCAGCUUUCAGAAACGGUGAUCAAUGCCUUGAGGCUGAUCAAAUUCAUAUAGCCAUGACUCUUGACACAAACUACCUCCGUGGAACAAUGGCUGCUGUUUUUUCUCUCCUACAACAUUCAACUUGCCCUGAAAACCUCUCUUUUCAUUUCCUCUCCCUUGCUCAUUUCGAAAACGACCUCUUCUCCAGCAUCAAAUCAACUUUUCCUUACCUAAACUUCAAGAUUUAUCAGUUUGAUCCAAACCUAGUCCGAAGCAAAAUCUCCAAAUCCAUCAGGGAAGCCCUAGACCAGCCUCUAAACUACGCGAGGAUUUACCUCGCGGAUAUCGUUCCUCCCAGCGUCGACCGGAUCAUAUACCUAGACUCUGACCUUGUCGUAGUAGACGACAUAGAGAAGCUAUGGCAUGUAGACAUGGAAGGAAAAGUCGUGGCUGCUCCUGAGUACUGCCAUGCAAACUUCACACACUAUUUCACAAAAACGUUCUGGUCGGACCCGGUACUUGUUAAAGUCCUUGAAGGAAAACGACCGUGCUAUUUCAACACGGGUGUGAUGGUCGUGGACGUUGAUAAAUGGAGGAAAGGGUUGUAUACACAAAAGGUAGAGGAGUGGAUGACUGUUCAGAAGCAGAAGAGGAUAUACCAUUUGGGUUCAUUACCUCCUUUUUUGCUUAUAUUCGCCGGUGAUAUUAAAGCGGUUAACCAUAGGUGGAACCAGCAUGGUUUAGGAGGAGAUAACUUUGAAGGGAGAUGCAGAACGUUGCACCCUGGUCCGAUAAGUCUACUUCAUUGGAGUGGGAAAGGGAAGCCAUGGUUGAGAUUAGAUUCAAGAAAGCCUUGUAUUGUUGAUCAUCUCUGGGCUCCGUAUGAUUUGUACCGUUCAUCAAAACAUUCUUUAGAUGAGUAGAGGCAAAGAGGAAGUGAGAAGAUUGACACAUGUGUAAAAUAGGAGAUGGAGACGGUGCAAGCAGGGUGGGUGCGAGCAAAGGGAGCGAGAAGCAAAACAAAGCUAAAACAAGUUGUAGCGAAAAGAGAGAAACCAAGAGAGAGUUGAUUUUUUUGUUAAGACUCACUCUUAAUGCAAAAAGACACGUUGUGCAUGAGAUCAGUAGUGAGAUGGUAUCAUCAUCAUCAUGAUUUGUUUCUCUUAUUCAAGUGUUUUUUUUAACAUUUCUCCCUCUCUUGGAUUUAACGUGUAAUAUACAUAGGGUAGUGUUACUUCAAAAAUGGAGGAUUAAAUUCAUUCUUUAUUAAUUCAAUCUU